GAUUCAGAGAUUUUUCCGCCGUCACGAAACGGUCACACUGCAUUACAGCAGGGAAAAAAUAAAAUUAGCAACAAAAGCAAAAAUUAGCAGCAGUUACCGUGCUAAACGCCGCCGAAAUUGCUUAUUUUGGCUAGAAAACGCCUCGCCCGCCAGAUCGCACACGUCCACGUCGAGAGAUCGGAAAGUCGGAAAGCCCGUAAAGCGGUAAAUCGGAAAAUAGCACAGCAGCAGGUUAGGGAAAACGCCAGGUUUCGUGCGUUCCGUCGACUUCGUUUGCUGCGUUCUUCGCUUUAACUCUCCUGGUACUGGUACUGGUGCGUUAUGAACAACAAUAGCAAGCGGAAAGCCAGACCCAGCGGUGGCGGAGGCGCCGUUGGCGCUGGCGCUGGCGGAGGAGGUGGUGGCGGCGGAGGCGCUCCCAGCGGCGGCAUCUCAAGAUACAACUCCAACGACAGCAGCCUGAGGUCAGCUAAUAAUAAGGCAACUGCAGGAGCUGGAAACGGAGGCGGGACAGCAGCGCGUCCGGUGGCGCAGGGCGUCUACAACAACCCGUUUUUCAUGCACUCAGCCACGGCGCUGGUCGGCAGCGUUGUGGAGGUGCGCCUGCGGUCAGGCAACAUUUACGAGGGAGUAUUCCGCACAUUCUCGGGCGGCUUUGACAUCGCACUGGAGCUACCGGCGUGCAUUAAGUCCAAGAAUCUGCCGGAGGAGGGCAAGGUGCCAAAACACAUUAUAUUCCCGGCCGACACCGUGGUAACCAUCGUGGCCAAGGACUUUGACUCGCAAUACGCCACCGCUGGCGCUUUUCAGACGGAUGGCGCCAUCUCUGACAAGUGCAACGGUGCGCGCCUGGACGAGAAGGAACUGGAACCGUGGGACUCUGGCGCCAAUGGCGACAUUGACAUAGAACUGGAUAGUGCCGCCAACGGCUGGGACCCCAACGAGAUGUUCCGCAAAAAUGAGCACACGUUCGGUGUGACCUCCACAUUCGACGACUCUCUGGCGUCCUACACGGUACCGUUGGACAAAGGUGACUCGCUGGAAUUCAAAGAGGCCGAGGCCAAGGCCGAGAAACUGGCUGCUGAGAUUGAGAAUAAUCCAACGUGCCGAGAGCGUUUGGAUCUAGAGAACGGCGACGAGGAGGCGCUCUUUGCGGCAGUGGAACGUCCGGCAGAGCAAGAACACCGCGGCGAUCGUGGCGACCGCGACCGCAACGAUCGCGAAAGGGAGCGCGAGGAGCGCGAUAGGGACCGCGAUCGUGAUCGCGGCAACAAGCCUCGCGGAUCUGACUUCCAGCUGCGGGAGACCAUGAGCAGUGACCGUUACAUCACCAAGCAGACGCGCAGCAUCACCGGACCGCAGCUAUCGCAUGUUGGCAUGUCCUCCCAGGGCAGCGGCCGCGACCGCGACACUCGCGGCGACGGCAACCUGAUGAUGCAGGGUGGCGGCGGCAUGGGCGGCGGGGCUAACCAAGGCGGCUCUACGCAGUCCACGGCAGCUCUAAUGCUAGCCGGCGGUCUGAAGAACGCGGGCCAAGCCCCGUCGGUCAGUGCGGCUGCGGACACGUCUAGCAAGUAUGGCGGUGGUUCGAUGGUGAAGCGCAAGACCGUCCCCCAGGGCGGCAAGGUGAUGCGCAACAAUCCCACCGGCACCGGUGGAAGCAAUAUUUCCGUGUCGCAGGGCGGCAACGGCAAUUCGGUGGGCCAGGCCAAAGGCGGUUACCAGCCAUCGAUGGGCAUGCCGGGUCAGUACUCGUACCAGGGUAACUCGCAGAUCAUGCACGGUUCUUCGCAGUAUAGAAACCAAUCUCAUAUGGGCGGCGCUUCCAAGCUCAAUGGUGAUUCGAACGCCAAUGCUAAUAAGCCGCUGCCCCAGCGCCAGAUGCGCCAGUACCAAGGCUCCCAGAGCAAUUCGUCACUUAACUAUGGCGGCGAGGCCCAGCAGCAGUCGCUGGGCAAGCCCAUGCACGGCUCCCAUGGUGGCCAUCCCGGGCAGAACAGCAACUCGCCACCGCUGCAGACCGGAGUGCCGCCACAGCAGCAGCAGCCUCAACAGCAGCAACAGCCGCAGCAACAGCAGCAGCAGCAACAUCCCAAUGUGCAGGCGCAGGGUCAGAAUACACAGUCAGUGCGUCAGGUGCGGACCCGCGAUAACCAAAUGCAGGAGCUGCGGCAAUUUGGUCAGGAUUUCCAACUGGCACCCAGCAACAAUUCACCGCCCCAACAGCCGCAACAACAACAGCAGCAGCAAGUGCAGCAGCAUCAGCAGCAACAGCGUGCAUUGCAGCAAUCUGCCUCGCCCCCACAGCAGCAACAGCAAGCCAUGCAGCAGCAGCAGCAACAGCAGCACGUGGUCAUGCACCAAGUGCCGCCAACGCACCUUCAUCAGGCGCCACUCCAACAGCCACACUAUGUGCCUCAGCAGCAGCCCCAACAGGCGCCGCCUCCCCAGCAGCAUGUGCCGAUCCACUUGCAGAAAGCACAGCAGCAGCAACAGCUGAUUGACACCCAGCACCAACAUGUGGCAAAGCAGCAUCAGCCGCAGCCGCAGGUGCAACAGCCGCCGCCACAGCUGGUCCAGGAUCCAUCGCAGCAGCCGCAGCCUAUAUACCACACAAUGCCGCCGCCGCAGACGUCACCGGUGCUGAUUACCUCGCCGGUAUUGAUGGAUCAGCCGCCACCACAAGUUCUGCCUCUGCCGCCAGCGCAGCCACAACAGCUGGUCACACCCAAGCCGGACGUCUCACCGGCCCCAAGUGGCAGCAACACUACCACGCCAACUGGCAUAGUCAGUACGCCCACAACAACGGUGAUUGUAAGUUCGGGAUCGGAAAAAUCCACGCCAGCAGUUCCCAGUGCGACUAGCAGUAGCACCACACCAGCAGUAGCUGCGGCCACAAGCGCGGCAGCCGCCGCUGGAGUUGCUAGCAGUGCUACCACGCCAGUGGUGAAGAAGCCACACGUGCUCAAUCCGUCGGCCAAGCCGUUCACGCCCCGAUGCGGCCCCAGCACGCCGAAUCCAUCACGUCCCCACACCCCACAGACGCCAGUGCCCAUAGGACCGGGCCUAUACACGACAACGGGAGCACAUGUUCCGGCAGCGGCGGCCAACCAGCAAAUCUAUGUUGUGCAGCAGCCGCACCCGUUCCAGCCUCCCACACACCCGCAGGCCGGACAACCACGAGGCAUGCGUCGUAACAAUUAUCCUCCAAUGGCUGCAUCACAGAUGCACGUGUCGGCUACUACAGCCACGGGACAGCCACUAAUGGCCACAGCCCCGAUACCGCAGUUCAUCCAGUAUGGCCAUGCACCGCACCAGCAACAUUUCCAAUCGCCGUAUGUCCCGCCGAUGCAAAUGCGCGUCUAUCAGGAUCAGCCGCAGCAGCUGCAGUUCAUGACGCCGACGCCACAGUCGACUACACCGUCGCCUGGCCAGCCGCAUCAGCCGUUCCAUCCGCCGCCACAGCCCUCCCCCGCCGGCGGGGGACCCCAACCGGCGUACACACCGACCACGCCGGCGACCACUUACCAGCUGAUGUGCGUGCACCCCCCGCAGAUGAUACCCAACCCCUAUUUCCAGUCGCAGACGCCACAGCAUCCGCAGCAGAAUCAGUAUCAUGUUGUGAUGCAGCAGCAUCAGCCACAGUGAGAUGCCGCCGCCAGCUGGGCAAUGGCGCAUGAGUUGGCGAUGGCGACAGAGAUGGCGAUGGCGAUGGCAAAGGCGAACUGUCUGGCGGGGGGAGACGGUGAGGGAGGAAGACUCUCCUCCGGCUAGUGGGAGCUGUACGGGCAGCCAGUCAUCAACAAGCAACAUUUACACACAUACCACACGACACACAACAUGAAGCACUCACCACACCCGCAUCCGCAUCUGCAUCUGCAUCCGCACCUGCAUACGCAUACGCAUCCGCAAUUCAGAGUAAACGCGCGGCUUUCUUGGUCGGUUAAAGCGAUUUUCCCCCCACACAAUCCACGCAUCCCCGCAUCCUUAUGUCAUGUGCAAAAGCAGUUCAUUCUGUAGCACAUCUCACAGACCGAAACACCAACAACAACAACUAGGAAAUUAUAAAAUACAAUUAAACAAAAAAGGAAACUAGUACAUUUUUUGAAAUUGCAAGACUUCUACAGCGCACGGAAGCCAACCAACAUGAGAAAAAAAAAAACAAACAAUCACUGAAAACACCAAACGUAUGAAAGCAAAUGCAAACACAAAAAAUAAUACAAAAAAUAACAAAAAUGAAAACGAAAAGAAAAAUUUAGAGAGCUAAAAGCGAAAAUCAAAUCAUAUAAUAUAAUACGUGAAC